AUAACACAACCAUGAUGGGUUGACUUGGGGGGGAGGUGGUUGGAGAGAGGAAGUGUGCAUUCGCCACCACUUGCUCAGCUAUGGAGACCAACAAAGUUCUUCAUUUCGUGCCUUCGGAGGCGCCUCCCUCUGGGAUGUCCAAGAAUGGAUACUUUUUUCAAGAAAUGGAGCAGCGGGAGGCAGAGCAGGAGGAGGGCAGCGAGGGCCGAGAGGAGGGACAGGACUCGCCGAUCGCCUGCGGAGAUGACAUCCACCUCUAUGACAACCAGAUCAGCCCUGGGCCAGAUGCUGACGACUCUGGUUGUGUGUUGCUGAACACAUCAAGAAAGUAUGUGAAGCUGAUGAACUUCGAGGAGGAGAUUCGUGCACACCGGGACCUGGAUGGCUUCUUGGCGAGGGCCAGUAUCCUGCUGGACGAGACUGCGGCAUCCCUGGACGAUGUUCUGAAGAGAAUGUUGCACCAUGUGGGCCAAGACAGCAAUGCAUCUGAGCCCAGCUGCAACUUCGAGGAGGUGAUGAGCAUGCUUUUCACAGAUGCAGGAGCUCAGGAGGUCAACGUCCACCUGCUGUCAGAGACGAUCCAGGGGGUUACAGCCACGGCCACCGGGAUCCAGUACCAGCAGUCCUGGCUCUGCAUCCUCUGCAACGUGAAGCAUCUCCAGAGGCGUCACGUGUGCAUCUCUCGCCUGGAGAGGCCGCAAAACUGGGGGGAGAACUGCUGCGAGGUCCGCUAUGUCAUCCUGAUACUGGCCCCGCUCAAAAUGAAAAGUACCAAGACGGCGAUGGAGCUGGGCAGGACGUUCGCCACGCUUUUCUCUGACAUCUCCUUCAGGCAGAAGCUGCUGGAGACAAAGACGCAGGAGGAGUUUAAGGAGGCGUUGGUGUUCCAGAGGCAUCAGCUGACAGCAGCCAACCAGCAGCCCACCGCUCUGGGGAAGGAGGAGAUUGACCCCCGCAGUCACAAACCACUGAAGUGUACAGAUUUCUUCAAAGCCGGCCGGGGGAUUUAUGAGGACUUGUGCCGCAGACUGCCUCUCUAUGCCUCUGACUUCACAGAUGGUGUUGUUGGCAGUAAUAAAACCCUGCUGAAGUACAUGACCACAGCCAUCUUCCUCUACAUUGCCAUCCUCCUCCCCGCCAUCGCUUUCGGCUCCCUCAACGACGAGAGCACACGUGGUGAAAUUGAUGUCCGGAAGACGAUCAUCGGUCAGAGCAUUGGUGGAGUCAUCUACUCGUUGUUUGCCGGUUCUCCUCUAGUCAUCCCUCUAACCACAGCUCCCCUCGCUAUCUUCAUCAGUGUGAUCCGAGGAAUCUGUGAUGACUACAACCUGGACUUCCCCGCCUUCUACGCUUGCAUCGGACUGUGGAACUGCCUCUUCCUCAUCCUGGGAGGGAUCUUCAAUGUCAGCCUUGUCAUGAAGCUCUUCAAAAGGUCAACCGAGGAAGUCAUCGCCCUGUUUAUCUCCAUUGCGUUCGUGGUGGACGCAGUCAAAGGCACAGUCAAAAUCUUUCAGAGGUACUACCACGCACCGACGAUGGCCAACAGAAGCAUAGAGUACAAUCCCAUAGCUGGAGACCUGGUGGGGGGAAACAGGAGCGAUGUGGCUGCAGGCUUGGUGCUCAACACCCUCCCUGAAUCCCUCAUCCAGUGCACUCGAGAAAGGCCCGUCCUCUGCCUCCUGCUGAUGAUGGGAACAUUAUGGAUGGGCUACACCCUCUACCAGUUCAAAAGAAGUCCGUUCCUGCAUGCCAAAGUGAGGGAGGUGCUGUCGGACUGCGCCCUGCCGAUUUCAGUGCUCUUGUUCUCCUUCAUCGGCUCCUACCUUUUCAGCGAUAUUGAACUUCCAGUCUUUAAAGUUCAUAACCGGCCCGUCUUCAAUGUGGCUCCGUUUGAGCGGCUGUCGGCCCUGAACGUUGUCAGCGCCAUGGGCCUCGGCUUCCUCUUGGCUCUUCUCAUCUUCAUCGACCAGAACAUCGUCGUCUCGCUGACGAACGCACCAGAGAACAGGUUGCUGAAGGGAAAGGCGUAUCACUGGGACCUGAUGCUCUCGGGUCUCAUUAACAUACUGAUGUCGGUGCUGGGGUUGCCCUGGAUGCACGCCGCCUUCCCUCACUCCACCCUCCAUGUGCGCCAGCUGGCUUUCGUGGAGCAGCGCGUGGAGGGCGGCCACCUCUAUGAGACUAUCGUCCAGGUGAAGGAGACCCGGCUGACGUCUCUGACUGCCAACAUCUUCAUCGGCGUGUCGGUGCUGCUGCUGCCCCUCCCACUGCAGUGGAUCCCCAAACCCGUCCUGUAUGGCCUCUUCCUCUACAUCGCCCUCACCUCCAUCGACGGAAACCAGAUGUGUGACCGCAUGGCUCUUCUCCUCAAGGAGCAGACGUCUUACCCGCCCACACACUACAUCCGCAAAGUGCCCCAGAGGAAGAUCCACUACUUCACCUUCCUGCAGAUGAUGCAGCUGCUGGUGCUGUGUACAUUUGGCAUGUACCCCAUACCGUACAUGAAGAUGAUCUUCCCUCUGGUCAUGAUCCUGCUUAUCCCAAUCAGGAACAACGUGCUUCCUCAUAUCAUUGAGGCCAAAUACUUGGACAUAAUGGAUGCCCAACACAUGUAGCUACAGAUGGAGACAAGCUGUGUGCGUAAGAAAAAAAAGACGUCUGGAAUGAAAAAAUAAAAAAUAAAACAACAAAGCAAGAAAUGAGGGAGAAAAAAAACAACAACAUAUUUUUCAAUGCAAAACUGUAUGGAAGCAAAAAAAAGGAGAAAUAUCGACUGUUUUGACUUUUGUAUCAGAUAAGAACAUUCUUACAGGUGAAGCACUGGAAAUGUGGGAAGUCGUGUGAAGAAGAAGAGAGAUGAGAGGAGCCGUGGGAAAUGUUUCCCAAACCUGGACAGACAGAAUCUCUCUGAGGAAAAAAAAAAGAAAAAAAGAAAAAGUUCUACCGAUUAACGGGACCGUCCAGAACUCCCUGUUUCACCUCCGUUUGACCCAGUCAGAUCGCUCAGUGCCAUAUACCUCCAUGUUCUCCUCUCACAUCCUUUACUUUGUAUGGUAACACUUUACUAUAUCGUUAUUGCAGUGUAUUCAUCUGUGUUUUAACCUGUGGGUAAGUACUUGAAGUACUCACUAAUACUGUGUAAGUAAUAAAGAUGCUGCCAGUGUACAUUGUAUAGUAUUUAGAACGGUGUAAUGGCACAAUGUAAGUAUGAACAAUAUCUUUUUUGACACUUUGCACUCACAUUGUGUUUUUUACACUCAUAUUUGAGUCAAUUUUACAUACUUACACUGUGUUGAUAAGUACUUAAAUACUUUUCCAUGGGUGAAUUAACUUAAGAGCACUGCAUUUAGGCCACUGUAGAGUUCAUCUUUACCUUUUGUAUUUCUGUCAUUGUGCAGCGUUAAAACCUUCACAUUCCUGAACCUUUUAGCUGUGAUUUCUUCCCCCCCCCCCCCCCCCACUGUUUUUCUAUAAAGGACACUUGUGCCCGCACAUAUUUAGUUUCUAAGUCAUUCCAGCAAACGCCAGUGUUCAUUAAUUAGAGGAAAAGGAGCGUGUGUGUGUGUGUGUGGAUGCAUGUGUGUGUGCAUGUGUGUGUGUGUGCAGUGGACACAUAGCUAAUCUGUCCUUCACGUAGCUUUCUAUCAGCUAUUUAGAAAAAAAACCUAAUUUUUAAGGUGGAAUUUAAGUGCUCAAACAAAUAAAAGAAUACAUUCCACAUAUAAAUGUUAUAUGUAAUAAUUUAGAACGACAGCACAAACCAAAACAUAUAGUUGAAUCUUUAUCAAAUUCUGAAUAUAUUAGAAUAUAUUAUGGCAAUAUACAAAAAAUAUUUUAGGUUAAAAUUGAAAUAGAAUAUUUAUUUAUCAUGAUGACAGUUUAUCUUUGAAGUACAAAAUGAUAAUAGUGUGUGUUUACCCCGAACUGGAAAGAGAUCUGUUGUUCUCUCAGCUCCUUUACAUUCCUACAGUUGCUGACUCUUGUAUUUUUGAGUGUUUGUCUUACAUUCGGCUUUGUCGCAGUGUUUACAUAUCAAAGUCCCUUCCAGCUCCAUGUCAAGGUCCAACACAGUUCUGGUGCAUUGCUAGUUAAGAAGAGAGCAAGUACAGGUUAAAAAAAAAAGAGAAAAAAAAGAAUAAAUAAAUGACAGUUAGUGGGCUUUGGAUUCAAUGAAAAUGCAUCCUUUUUUAUUUUUUAUUUUUGUGGACAAGUGUUCAAAGAUGAGUUUUAGAAUAAUCCGGUCUUGUUUUUCUAUUUAGAUGUUAUGAUUAGAUCAAUGCUUGCAAACGUUGUCAUGUAAUAAUCCAGACGUCUGGAAAGAUUAUCUUGUUAUCUACAAAAAAAAAGGAAAAAAAAAAAAAAGAAAAUUUCUAAGCACUGGUUUGCUUAAAGCAUGUCUCAUCUGGGUUUUUUGAUACAAUGUGAUGCCAAUGGACAUGUAUCCUACACAGAAAAAAAUAAAAUAAAGUAGCAAGUCAAACAGUAACUUCUCAAUAAACCGAAUGCAAUGCUCAAUAUUCAGCAAUACUGUGUAUAAAACAGAACUUCGCUGGUGAGAGGCCGACUUCCCAUCGAACGCGGACCCACCAGUGAAGCAACAACAGGCCAGCUGUAUUUUUAAGACGGCAACUUUUCAGUCCAUCGUCAUGGUACAAUAAUUUAAAAAAAACUGCUAUGUGCUGAUUCAACUAUUGCACACAUCAAGGAGUAAAAAAAAAAAAAAAAUUGCCUGUCAACGAGGCAUUGGCAGUGCCGGAUUUUAUUAUGGUUUAGUUGCUUUCCCAAUAUCAAAAUGGCAGCUCCCUCAUGCAGUUCUGUUCAACUUUGUCUUACAGAUGUGAGAAAGAUGUCCAAUUUAAGCAGAUGUCUCAUACAGAGAUAGCAAAGGCAUGAAGGGAAGCUUGGGGAGCAUUUGCAUAAUCCUUGGACUAAGCCUUAAGACAGCACUGGUGAGAGAAGAGAUUGUGAGGUAUGAAGUAAUAUGUACAGUUUGCAAUGCAAAGUUUAGUUUUUAUCAACUAUUCAUUGUAAUCCAUGGCAAGGUAUUAGUUUCUAACUUUGGACCGAGUACAGAGAUUUAACCAUUCUUCUACUUAUGUGACAGUAAUGUUGUUGUUCCUUGAUAUCUUCUCUGUACUGAUGAUUUUGGAAUAGCAGCAAACUUCUCUCAGAGGACUUAACAUUGGAUUCAGAGUGAAAGACAUAUUACUCUGUUUGUGAAACCUUGACUCCCCCACUUUACCCCCCCCCCCCUCCCCCAACUCCUCACACUCUUCCUAAUUGGAUUUGUUUGAAAUUGCGUACUGUGGUGUUUUGUUUCGUUCUCUCUUUUCCUGAUUUCAUAUAGCCUACUUUUUCUAUUCAUGAAUGUAAGAUGUGUGGAUUUUUAUAUAGCAUAUUAAUUUAGGUGUCAAACAGAAUCUGUAAUUUUGUCAAAAAGAUCAGCUAUAUUUGUAAGCUGUAAUAUGUAAAAAUGAGAAAAAAAUGGUUAUCAAACAGAAUGUGUUGGUUUACUAUAGUAUAUAUAUACUGUACACUGAAAAAGAGAGACUAUCUCAAGCUGUUUGCCAAAUAAAAAGUA